AUGGUAGAAUUUGCACCAUUAAAUAUUUCAUUAUCUAGGAGACUUCAAACAUUUGCUGUAACCUUUUAUUUAUUUUUAUUUUUAAUUUUACCUGUUAUUGUUGUUUAUAUUUUAUAUUCUUUGGCAGUUUCUAGUUAUUGGUGGUUAUUAUGUAUAUAUUUUGGAUGGUGGAUUUUAUUUGAUAAAGAUACAUACAGAACAGGUAAUUCACGAAGUGAAUUAUUUAGAAAUUGGAUAUUAUGGAAAUGGAUGGCAGAUUAUUUUCCAAUAAAACUUUAUAAAACAGCAGAAUUAAGAAAAGAUAAAAAUUAUAUAAUUGGUUGCCAUCCACAUGGUAUUUUAUCAUUUGGACAUUUUCUUAAUUUUGCCACUGAAAGUACAGGUUUUUCUAAAAUGUUUCCUGGUAUUACACCUUCACUUGUAACUUUACCUUCACAAUUUUUUAUACCAUUUAGAAGGGAGAUUGUUAAAUGGACUGGUUCAAUUAGUUCUGAUGUUGAAAGUAUUGAAUAUAUUUUAAAACAUCCAGAAGGUGGUCAUGCUGCUUGCCUUGUAAUUGGAGGUGCAGAAGAGGCAUUAGAUGCAAAACCAAAUUGUAAUGAUUUAAUACUUUCAAGAAGAAAAGGUUUUUGUAAAUUGGCACUUAAACAUGGAGCAAGCCUAGUACCAUUGUAUAAUUUUGGUGAAAAUAAAUUGUAUAAUCAAGUUGAAAAUAAAAAAGGUAGCAAAUUAAGAAUUUUUCAAACAAAAUUUAAAAAUAUUACUGGCUUCUCGGCACCUUUAUUUAUGGGAAGAGGUAUUUUUCAAUAUACAUGGGGUAUCUUACCCUAUAGACAGGAAUUAAAUACUGUUGUUGGAAGACCAAUUGAAGUUGAAAAAGUAGAAGGAAGAGAUCCAACAAAUGAAGAGAUAAAUGAGUUACAUAAAAAAUAUUGUGAUGCAUUGAUUAAAUUAUUUGAUGAAAACAAAGAAAAGUAUGGCUUUGAUAAAGAAGCAAUAUUAAAUAUACUCUAG